AUGACCUCGGUGAUUGAGAUGCCUGGUGACGCAGUGGCAGCGACGGCCUCGGGGCACAAGUACAGUGUGAUUCUCCCGACGUAUAAUGAGCGCGAGAACCUGCCGAUCAUCGUGUUCCUGCUGUGCCGCAUGUUCCAGCAGCAGGGCCUCAACUAUGAGAUUGUGAUUGUGGACGACAACUCGCCGGACGGCACCCAGACGAUUGCGCGCCAGCUGGCUGCGCUGUACGGUCCCGAGCAUAUCGUGCUCCGCCCGCGCGCGGGCAAGCUGGGUUUGGGGACCGCCUACAUCCACGGCCUCGAGUCGUGCACGGGCGACUUUGUGGUCAUCAUGGACGCAGAUUUCUCGCACCACCCGAAAUUCAUCCCCGACAUGAUUGCGAAGCAGAUCCACACGAACGCUGAUAUUGUGCAGGGUACGCGCUACUCGGGCCCGUCGACGGGCGCGGGUGUGUACGGCUGGGACCUGAAGCGCAAGCUUGUAAGCCGCGGCGCAAACGUGCUCGCGAGCUUUGUGCUUGACCCGCGCACGACGGACGUCACGGGCAGCUUCCGGCUGUACAAGCGUGCGGUCCUCCAAACGCUCAUCACCCAAGUCAAGUCCAAGGGCUACGUAUUCCAGAUGGAGAUCCUCGUGCGCGCCAAGGCGAUGGGCUACUCGGUCGAAGAGGUGGCGAUCACCUUCUGCGAUCGGGUGUAUGGAGAGAGCAAGCUGGGCGGCGACGAGAUUGUUGGCUAUGCCAGGGGCGUGUGGCAGCUCUUUGUAGGCAUUUAA